UCUCGAGUUGUACCAUGCGUGCAAGAAGAUGCGGUGGUUUGAAACUAUCGAUGAACAUGCAGUCAACUCCGCUGCUGCGCAUCGACCGAACCAACCAGCCCGACCAGAACGCGGCUCUAAAAAAGGUACGAUAAUGGGAGAAAGGAGGGGCACAACGUCACAAACCUCGAAGCGCAAAGAAAGAGGACCCCGCAGAACUAACGCAGGCAGGAUCGAGUGGAUCGGAUUGAGGCUCUGGAAGCAUGGCGUAUCGAUAAACAACGACAGCGGAAUACCAAGAGUGUUUUCGAUUUUACUCCAAGAUUGUACAGAAAAUGCGGAUGGAAUUUGUGCAGCUCAAACCUCUCUUUGAUAGAGUCGAUCCCAGCGGCGCAGAUGUCAAUUUUCUGCCCCAGG